AUGGCUUCCAAGUGCCUCAAGGCCAGUUUCUCUUCAGGGUCUCUCAAGGGUUUCAGCGGGCCUGGAGGCAGCCCUGCCCGGGCAGCCACCAUGUAUUCCAGCAGCUCCUGCAGGCUCCCUAGCCUCGCCCGAGGGGCCCGGAGCUUCUCCUCCUGCUCCGUUGGGCUGGGUAAAAGCAACUGCAGGGCUGCCAGCUGCCUCCCAGCUCUCUGCCUCCCCUCUGGGGGCUUUGCCACCAGCUAUAGCUUGGGCGGGGGCUGGUAUGGGGAGGGUAUCCUCACGGGCAAUGAGAAAGAGACCAUGCAGUCUCUGAAUGACCGCCUGGCCAGCUACCUGGAGAAGGUGCGGCAACUGGAGCAGGAGAAUGCCAGCCUGGAGAGCCGCAUCCGUGAGUGGUGUGAUCAGCAGGUGCCUUACCUGUGUCCUGACUACCAGUCCUAUUUUCGCACCAUCGAGGAGCUGCAGAAGAAGACACUGUGCACCAAGUCAGAGAAUGCCAGGCUGGUGGUGCAGAUUGACAAUGCCAAGCUGGCUGCAGAUGACUUCCGUACCAAGUAUGAGACGGAGGCAGCCAUGCGGCAGCUGGUGGAGUCAGACAUGAACGGUCUACGUCGGGUCCUGGAUGAUCUGACCUUGUGCAAGGCUGACUUGGAGGCCCAGGUGGAGUCCUUGAAGGAGGAGCUGCUGUGCCUCAAGAAGAACCAUGAGGAGGAAGUGAACUCACUGCGCUGUCAGCUUGGAGACCGACUCAAUGUGGAGGUGGAUGCUGCUCCGCCUGUCGAUCUGAACCGUGUCCUGGAUGAAAUGCGGUGCCAGUAUGAGACCCUAGUAGAGAAUAACCGCCGGGAUGCUGAGGAUUGGUUCAACACCCAGACCGAGGAGCUGAAUCAGCAGGUGGUGUCCAGUUCAGAGCAGCUGCAGACGUGCCAGGCGGAAAUCAUUGAGCUGAGGCGGACGGUCAAUGCCCUGGAGAUUGAGUUGCAGGCACAGCAGAGCAUGAGAGAUGCCCUGGAAUCCACGCUGGCUGAGACUGAGGCUCGCUACAGCUCACAGCUGGGACAGAUGCAGUGCAUGAUCACCAACGUGGAGUCGCAGCUGGCUGAGAUCCGCAGUGACCUGGAGAGACAGAACCAGGAGUACCAGGUGCUGCUGGAUGUGCGUGCCCGGCUGGAGUGUGAGAUCAACACUUACCGGGGCCUGCUGGAGAGUGAGGAUUGCAAGCUCCCCUGCAACCCAUGCAGCCCUGAUCAGUUGCCUUCCAAGUCCUGCCUGCCUUGUCUCCCUGCAGCCACUUGUGCCCCCAGUGCAGCCCGCACCUCCUGUAGCCCCCGCCCUCUCUGUGUGCCCUGCCCAGGGGGACGGUACUGA